AGGAGAGAACAAAUCAAUACUGGAAAAAACAACAGCUAUUUUCAAAGAAGAAUUAGGGUUUUCAACAGAAGGGGAGAAAUCGUCGAUCAAUCAUGCCGAAGAACAAAGGAAAGGGAGGUAAGAACAGGAAGAGAGGGAAGAAUGAAGCUGAUGAUGAAAAGAGAGAACUAAUUUUCAAAGAAGAUGGACAAGAAUAUGCUCAAGUACAACGUAUGUUAGGUAAUGGAAGAUGUGAAGCUGCGUGUAUUGAUGGAACUAAACGUCUUUGUCAUAUACGUGGAAAGAUGCAUAAAAAAGUUUGGAUUGCAGCUGGUGAUAUUGUUCUCGUUGGCCUUCGUGAUUAUCAGGAUGAUAAAGCUGAUGUUAUUCUGAAGUACAUGCCAGAUGAGGCAAGGCUGUUGAAGGCAUAUGGAGAGUUGCCGGAGAACAUUAGGCUCAAUGAGGGUGUUGUUAAUACAUUGGAUGAGGAGGACGAAGGAUCUAAUGAUGAUUAUAUUGAGUUUGAAGACGAGGACAUCGACAGAAUCUAGAGUUUUUGUUACUUAAAUCGCUUUUUUGCCUUACUAAUUCUUAUAGGAAUGUUUGAAGUAAAUUAUAUGAUCAGAGCUUUAUGCCAUUUAGGUUUCUGUAUGAAUAUUUAUGCUUCCAUAACGAGCUACUAUGUUUUA